AUGAUGUAUUUUAUGGAGUCAGGAAUUUGGUCCGACAUCCAUUGGCGCAAGCUCGUGCAGGAAAUAACGGAUACUUUCAUUGGAUGCUUAGCAAAACUUAUGUUAGCUGCAUUUGGAGAUCUUGUUAUAUACAAGAAAUACGCUAUUUUACUUGGAGAGUUUAAGCCAGCAGUUGCUCCACAUAAGAGUAUGGAAGACGAUCUGGCCAAGCUUGCCUUCAUGGGUAAGAAAGCGAUCGACGGGCUUUAUGCAGAUGGAUAUGUACUCCCAGUAAUGCUCAUCCAUGGUCGUGGAAUGGAGGUGGAUGUGUACCAACUCAGCCUCGACGCAGAGGCUUUCUACUGCCUGAGAUUACAUGGUACAUUCCGCUUAAUCUCCAAACCCACUGAGUUCGGAUUGCUGCUAGGCAUUUCCCCAUUAAUAUCUGCCCAGGGUUUUGAGGCCAGCUCUGGAUCGCUUAAAUCGAGCUUACGUGUUGAAACAAAUCAGGCUUGGAGAAGGAGGACAUUUGAUUGCAAAGGAGUAAACAUUCCAGCUUAG